UAAAGGAGGUUUCAUGAUACACAUGCUUCCUUUUAAGGUGUUAUCGAUCAAUCACAAAGGAGAAUGACUUUUCUGAGAAAGAAGUAUAUCCCAACAGCUUAUUACCAUAAAGAGCUGCUGGGGCAACUGAGGUCACACGUCGACUCGCUCAAAUCGUGCAGACGGACCCGUAGCUCGCUGAAAAUCAGAAAGUUUCUCGCAGAAAAACAAUGGAAAAUGGCGGAAGUGAGAAGGAAACAAACGAACCACUGAACACUGGCAAAGAAGAGGAGGAAGAAAGUAAGAAAGAAUUCGAAUCUCAUCCAAGGUCGAUGAAAUUUGCGCCGAGAGGAAGGAUGCUAUUUAAAGAGAGGACGGGGCAGGGCAACAGCAAGAAUAAUUCCAAUGAAGGUAUUGCUUCCAUUUCUCCAAAAGCUGUACGGGGAAGAAUGGAAUUUCCAACACCACCUCCAAAAUCACCUGAGAGGGACGCUAAUCCCCUUGAAAAAACCGCAUCGACUCAAACUAAUAGUUACAUCAAUGCUUUAAAACUGAUUAGAUCUGAGCAUCAGAUUUAA